AUGCAUACUUGCACGCCGUAUCAGGAAGCAUUUCAUUCCAUAGCUCGAAAUUUUCGACAUUUCAUCCUUAACAGUGACGUAACGAUUCUCGAAAAUUAUCUAAAUGAAUCAUGCGAAUAUGUUCUUUGUUCAUUGCACUGUGAUGUUCCUUUGAUUGCGCAUAAUUGCGGUUACGAAAUCGUUGAAAAAGUAAUUGCAUUAACAAGGAAAUCAUUCAAAUUAAUGGAAAAGAUGUCACUUGACACAGCUGUUAUUAGCAGAUGGCCUAAAGCGUGCGCUGAAAUAAUUACUUAUGGGAUACCUGAGCGAAAUUUAACAGUUGCAGAACAGCCUAAUUCGAGUAGCAUAAUUCAGCCACAACAGAUGAAGCAAAUUGAAACAAAUGGUCAAAGUCACGGAAGUCAAAAAUUCAUCAAAUUGUUAUCAUUGUUAUUACUAUUCAUCUAUUUUAUAUUGUAA